AAAAUCAACUCUACUUCAGUUUUGAAACAAAAGCUUUAUUUUAUUGUGUUAAAAUAUGAUCAGUAAGUCAAGAAUAAUAUAUUUUCGCAUACUCUUGACUUUAAUUUUCUUGGGAGAGCAUAAUGUUAUGUCAAAAAAUAAAUUUAAAGAAGAAGAAAUAGAGUUUCAUGAAAUAGCAGAUAAGUAUUUUUUAGUACAAAAAAUUAAUACAGGUUACAGAAAAGAAGUUCCAAAAGAACUUGAAGAAAUCUAUUCCUUGCCGAAAAAAGACGAUUGGAAAUUACAUUCCAACAAUCUCAUGGAAAAAAUGAAAAGUCAAGGUGAUAGAUUGAAAUGUUGUUACAUGUAUAGCGCACUUUUUUACUUCCAUUUAGUAAGAUAUCUUUUAGAAGAUACUCACGAAUUACGUUUAAUCGAAGAAGAUGAUUUGAUAAAAUGUUUUUUCGUUGAAGAAACAACAAACAUGUUAGCAUCAAUGUGGUCUAGUGGUAUGCAAACAUCUAUGAGAGGAAUAUGGUACAUUCACGUAUAUACGAAAUCUCUACAAGAUUUUUUAAAAGAAUCAUACACCAAAAAUUUAUCUUAUGACGAUAAAAAUGUAUGCAUAGAUGAAAUUGAUGCUGUUUUACGGGUAUUGCAAAAAAGAACAGACGAUCGAUGUAACAACGCUAACGUGUUCAACUAUAAACUGGAUGGCUUAAAUCAUCAAAGUGAUAUUAAAAGUUUAGAAUUAAAUCCAAAACAAAUUGUGAAGAGAUUAAAAAUAAUGAAAUGUAAUAAAGAUAUGAUAGAAGCACUUAUAUUGGCAAAUAUUCGCUUUGGAUUUAAGAUAAAUGAUAGAUUUUUAUUUUUCCACGAACGAUUAAUGUUGAAUAACGUUUUCAAUAACAAAGAUAAAAUAACAGAUUUGAUAAAUUAUUUAGACAUUCAAAUAGAGGACAUGGAGAUUCCAGAUAGAAUGAUAAAUAACUUCACACAGUUAAGAUAUAAUAAACUAAAUAUUAGUGAAAAAAUUAAACAUAUUAACUUAUACAUUCAAGACUCAAUUGAUUUGAUGAAAAUAUUAUUUUUGCGUUUGCUAUGGAAAUUUUUGUUAUAUGUAAAUGAUCAGUUAACAGAAUAUAAAUCAAGUAUAGUAAUUAAUAAAAAUCUAGUACGUUGGACUAUAAUACUAAAUAAAAGUUUAAAAACGAUGGUAGAAAAUGCAAUUGAAUUUGUGCGGUACUUUGAUUUAGGUGAUGACGCGUAUUUCACUCGUUUGAUCAAUUACCUAAAAUUUGCUAUUCAACUGACUUUGGAAAAAAAAUCUGCCAGGAAUCAUUUAGCUAUCGAAGAAAUCAAGUUCAUUCUGAGAAAAAUUUGCAAUAAACUUACCGAUGUAAAUUUUAAUAUCAAAGAACGAAUAACUGAACUUACUACCAAUUUAGAAAUAUUUCAAACCAAUAACGAGUUGAAAAUUGAGAUGGAAAGUUCAGACCAUUUAAUAAAUUAUUACGUUAAUAGUACUAACCUUUACUUAGAGUACAUAAAAAAAAAUAUGAAAGGAAUCAACUUCAGCGUUAUUAAAUUAUUUUUAAAACACUCGUUUUGAUUUACUUGAUAAAUUAAACGAAAUACCAAAUUUUGAUUUUUAAUAAUUAUUUAAACAUAAUUAUUCAAACGAAAAGAUUUACCAAGUCACUAAAAUUAUUAUGUUGUUUAUUUAUACUUCACAGAAACCUAACAAUUAAAAAAAUUUACUUAAAAUAAUUUCAUUUAAUGUUAUAUUAUCACUUAUAAUAUUAACAUAUAAUAUGAUGUUAUCGUUAGUACAUGUAUGUCACAUAUUAUGUAUAUACAAGAUCACCAAAACAGGGUUCCCUUAUUUAAAAUACAAAAUAACCAGAUAAUUAUAGGAUAAAAUCUACUUAUUCUAUACAUUUUUAAGUAACGCCUACACGCAAAACUCCAUUAUAAUUAACCAAUUAGAAUAGAAAGCCUCAGCUUCCAAAAUCACGCUAGGAAUCACUUGACUACCCCCUUAUGAAUUUAAAAAGCCAUUUUCCCUCGUCAAAACCAGUUCUAUCGGUAAUAUUAAAAUACAAAAAAUCUACGACGCUCUACUCAAAAUAUCAACCUCUGGAAUUUGGUCUUUUUUUUUAAUUAAUUUGGACUCAGAUGAUUUUUCUUUUAAAAAAUUAAAUGACACAUAGAAAUUUUAAAGUGAAUUUUGUUUUGGUAAAUCUUUUAAUUUAAGUUAAUUUGUUCAUUAAAUAAUAAUGUUUUAUUUAUUUUUACUAUUGUGUAAAUAAAUGUCGAAUAAUAUUA